AUGAGCAGCGGCGUGGAGAUGCAGGCGCGGGCGUUCGCGGACGAGGUGCGCGGCGGCCUGGAGCAGAAGAACUGGAUGCUGGACCUUGGCCAUCCGCUCCUCAACCGCAUCGCCGAGAGCUUCGUCAAGGCCGCGGGGAUCGGCGCAGUGCAGGCGGUCACGAGGGAAUCAUACUUCAUGGCAAUCGAAGGGACGAACAGUAGUUGCAAGUCGGCAGAGGCCAUGGUGAAAAACGUGAGCAAAGAGUCGUUACAGUGGGGGCUCGCGGCUGGGGUGCACUCUGGCCUGACCUACGGCCUCGCGGAGGUGCGCGGGACGCACGACUGGAGGAACAGCGCCGUGGCCGGCGCCAUCACGGGCGCCGCGGUCGCGCUCACCUCGGAACACGCGUCGCACGAGCAGGUCGUGCAGUGCGCCAUCACCGGUGCCGCGCUCUCCACGGCCGCCAACGUGCUCUCCGGCAUACUCUGA